AUGCCUGGUACCUUCAAAGCAUCUCCCUCCUGGUCAAUCGAGACUACUCGCCUCCACAUCUCUUAUUUCAUGCACGACUCUCUCUUGCACUCCCAAUUCCUAGUCAACCUAUGGAAUUCCAAAGAGUUUGUCAAAGCAUGCGGCGAGACCGGCAUCAAUACGGCCGAAAAGGCUUCCAACUUCCUUCGGACCCGCGUCCACAGCGACUAUGCCCGGAAUGGUUAUAGCAUGUUCUUAGUCUCAUUGAAGUCGGACGAUCACGCAACCCUCGCUGAAAGCAUCCCCAUCGGAACCGUUUCACUGAUGAAAGGCGAGCCACCAAAUGCCUACCUGGCCCCGGGCAUUGGGUAUACGAUUGUGGCCAAUGAGAACGGCAAUGGAUAUGCCACUGAGGCGGCAGUCGCUUUACUGGAGUACGCAAAGAAAGAACUCGGGGCGAAUGCUGUUCUCGGAUUCUGUGAUAAGGAGAACACCCAUAGCGCAAGAGUGUUGCAGAAGAUCGGGCUCGAAUUUCGAGGAGAAAAGGAGUUACAGGUUUUGUGGGGGAAGAAAAGUGCUGUUUAUGCGCUGCCUUGGAUGAGCAAGGAUCUAACGGUUUAUGGAGUGCAUGGUUGA